UACAAGUAUUUUUACGAGGAAAGACCCUUCACAGUCUCGCAAGCAACAGCGUUUCCUGAAUUCAUUGGAGAAUUUCAAAAUGAAGUCGGCAAUUGUUCUUGAUGAAACGGACCCAACCUCGCAAAACAACCACGUCGAAUUCACACUCCAAACCAUGAUUGGGGAUACAUUUUUGUACAGAAUGAGCAGAACCACUCAACUGAUAAAGCUCAUGAAUCAUUUAAGUGAUCUUCACGCUACGGAUCCUGUAUCAUUUAUAUUCAGCUAUGAAGGGGAGCGGCUAUACGGAGAGGAGACUCCUAAUAAGCUGCACAUGGAGGAUGGGGAUAUAAUACAUCUCGUGCAAUGUAUAGGCCCCCCAGCCGUCGACCUUAAGAUUAAAGAUCAGGAUGGGAAUGAAGCUUCCUUCAUAAUUCGUACGAACUCUCGAUUAGAAACGCUUAUGGGUUUUUACUGUCGUCAACAUUGUUUGGCUAUUACUGGUGUUGUUUUUCUGUUCAAUGGGUGUCUCAUUCGGGCAGAGCAGACUCCAAGUGAGCUGCAUAUGAUGCAUAAGGAUGAAAUAUAUGUGGUUUCCUAUGAUCAGAUUGCACACAUCGAGCUAAAGACAAAGUGUCAGAUGACUGCUAGUAUUGAUGAUAAUGACUCGAAGCUAUGGCCUGAUUUAGAAACUAAAGCUUUCAUAAACAUUAUGGUUAACGAAGUUACACUUGGAUAUGGUGGAUAUGGAUAUGUCAAGUCAAAUGACGUGUGGACCUCAAGGACUGAUGCGUUGAAUUUUGUUACAAAGCGUUGCUAUAUAAAAGAACAACUAAAGGCGAAAAUGCAUAGGCUACAAACCAUGUAUCGUGAAUUUCAUUCACUCUUGCAAAACACUGAAUUUAGGUGGAAUGCCGAAACCAACACUAUUGCUGCAAAUGCAGAGGUUUGGCAAAAUUAUCUUCAGGCACAUGAUAAAACUGCCCAGUUUCAAAAGAAAGGGUGUGACCACUAUAAAUUGUUGGAAAUCAUAUUCGACAAAAAUAAUGCAUGCCGAGUAUAUCAUCGUUUGCCCACCCAAGGCUCGCCAAAUACAAAUGGAGAAAAUGAGUUCGAUAAUGAACACCUUAAGACUGAGAGUGAGAGUGAGGGUCAUGUACAUGUUGAUAAUGAUAGUUCGGAUGAUUAUAUACAAGAAGUUGAGCGCAUCAAGCACAAAGGAAAACGAAAAAUAUCAGUAAAAGAUCAUAAACCAAAGAAAGAGUAUACACCAGAUCAAAUGGGAGAUGUCCUUGCUGCAUCUAUGGCAAGAGUUAAGAGGUAUAAGGGUAAAAAUGUGGAGGCUGCUCUUUCAAAUUCAAAUGCAAUGUCAUAUUGUUCUAUUUCUAAGUGUGUGACUACUCUUGAAGAGAUGGAAGACGUUUCCGAUGAUAUCUAUGUGAAAGCUUUAGAAAAGUUUAAAGAUAGUGAUUGGAGGGAAAUGUUUAUUGCCAUGUCUAAGGAUAGGAGACGUGGAUGGCUAUUGAGACUUUGAGGAUACAAAUUUCUUUGCAUGUGUGGUACUAGUGACUAGGCAUACUUCUCUUAAUAAUUUGAUUAAGAGAAUGUGGCUACAUUUUUUUUAUAUCUAUUUGAUCAUAAUGUUCAUCAUAGAAAGACUAUGAAUUGCAUCUAGCAAUUCACAAUCAAUUUCGUACAAUUUCAAACAAGUAUUAAAGGCACUGUCAUAUGAAAAAGAAAACUCAUAAAACAGUCCAUAUGUUUUUUGUUUUAAUUUUUUAUUUUGAAUCAAUCAAAAGUCCAUUGCUUGAAAGAAUCAAGAAUAGUCC